AGCCCGCCCGCCUGCCCCGCGGCCCGCCGGGCUCCGGGGCCCCCUGCCGCGGGGUUCCUGCUGCUGGGCUCCGGGGCGGGGAUCGGGCUGGGGGGCGUGCGGACCAGCUCCCGCGAGUUAGGUGGGACUUAGUUGCCGGGGAAGCACGUUUGCGUUCCGGACGGGCUGCUGGAGGACAGGCGCCUACAGGAGGAGAACGCAGAAACCCUGAAACUGAACUUGAGAAAGUUCCGCCGGCUGCAGGCCUGCGAGAAAUUGGCUCCUUUCCGCAGGAUCUCGGGGGACACUUGCUAGGUCGUCCAAGGAGCUUUGAUGGUUUAUAAAGUCCUCCAGUGAAGCUACUAACAUUCCACAGCAUAAUGUAAAGAAAGCAUUUUUGGAUGAGUUGAAAGCAGAGAACAUCAAGACCUUCUUGUAUAAUUUUACACGGAUACCACAUUUAGCUGGAACAGAACAAAACUUCCAGCUUGCAAAGCAAAUUCAAGCUCAGUGGAAAGAAUUUGGCCUGGAUUCUGUUGAGUUAGCCCAUUAUGAUGUCCUGUUGUCCUAUCCAAAUGAGACUCUUCCCAACUACAUCUCAAUAAUUGAUGAAGGUGGAAAUGAGAUUUUUAACACAUCAUUAUUUGAGCCGCCUCCUCCCGGAUAUGAAAACGUCUCAGAUGUCGUGCCACCCUUUAGCGCCUUUUCUCCACAAGGAAUGCCGGAGGGUGACCUAGUGUAUGUUAACUAUGCACGAACUGAAGACUUCUUUAAACUAGAGCGAGACAUGAAAAUCAACUGCUCUGGGAAGAUUCUGAUUGCCAGAUAUGGGAAAAUUUUCAGAGGAAAUAAGGUUAAAAAUGCCCAGCUAGCUGGGGCCAGAGGGAUCAUUUUGUACUCAGACCCUGCUGAUUACUUUGCUCCUGGGGUGGAGGCCUAUCCGGAUGGUUGGAAUCUUCCUGGAGGUGGUGUUCAGCGUGGAAAUAUCUUAAAUCUUAAUGGUGCGGGGGACCCUCUCACACCUGGCUACCCAGCAAAUGAAUAUGCUUAUAGACGUGAAAUCACAGAGGCUGUCGGUCUUCCAAACAUUCCUGUUCAUCCAAUUGGAUACUAUGAUGCCCAGAAGCUCCUGGAAAAAAUGGGUGGAUUAGCACCCCCAGAUGACAGCUGGAAAGGAGGUCUUCAAGUGCCCUACAAUGUUGGACCUGGAUUUACUGGAAACUUUUCUGCACAAAAAGUCAAGAUGCAUAUCCACUCCAGCAAUAAAGUGGAGAGAAUUUACAACGUGAUUGGAACUCUCAGAGGGGCUGUGGAGCCAGACAGAUAUGUCAUUCUUGGAGGUCACCGUGACUCAUGGGUGUUUGGUGGCAUUGACCCUCAGAGUGGAGCAGCUGUCGUUCAUGAAAUUGUCAGGAGUUUUGGAAAGCUGAAAAUUGAAGGAUGGAGGCCUCGAAGAACAAUUCUGUUUGCGAGCUGGGAUGCAGAAGAAUUUGGUCUUUUUGGUUCCACUGAGUGGGCAGAGGAAAACUCCAGACUCCUUCAGGAGCGUGGUGUGGCCUAUAUCAAUGCUGAUUCUUCUAUAGAAGGAAACUACACUCUGAGAGUUGAUUGUACCCCGCUUAUGUACAGCUUGGUAUAUAACCUAACAAAGGAGCUCCGAAGUCCUGAUGAAGGUUUUGAAGGCAAGUCUCUUUUUGAGAGCUGGAAUGAAAAAAGUCCUUCCCCUGAAUUCAGUGACUUGCCAAGGAUUAGCAAAUUAGGAUCUGGAAAUGAUUUUGAAGUGUUCUUCCAAAGACUUGGAAUUGCUUCAGGCAGAGCAAGGUAUACUAAAGAUUGGGAAACAAGCAAAUUCAGCAGCUAUCCUCUGUAUCAUAGUAUCUAUGAAACGUAUGAAUUAGUGGAAAAAUUUUACGAUCCAGCGUUUAAGUAUCACCUCGCUGUGGCCCAGGUUCGAGGUGGAAUCAUCUUCGAAAUAGCCAAUUCCAUAGUGCUGCCCUUCGACUGUAGAGACUAUGCUGUUGUUUUAAGAAAGUACGCCGAUAAAAUCUACAAUAUUUCAAUGAAGCAUCCACAAGAAAUGAAAACAUACAGUGUGUCAUUUGAUUCACUCUUUUCUGCAGUGAAGAAUUUUACAGAGAUUGCUUCUAAUUUCAGUGAGAGACUCCAAGACUUGGAUAAAAACAACCCAAUAUUAUUAAGAAUUAUGAAUGAUCAACUGAUGUUUUUGGAACGAGCAUUUACUGAUCCUUUAGGAUUACCAGACAGGCCUUUCUAUAGGCAUGUCAUCUAUGCUCCAAGCAGCCACAACAAGUACGUGGGGGAGUCAUUCCCAGGGAUCUAUGAUGCUCUCUUUGAUAUUGAAAACAGAGUGGACCCAUCCAAGGCCUGGGAAGAAGUGAAAAGACAGAUUUCUAUUGCAGCCUUCACAGUGCAGGCUGCAGCAGGGACUCUGAGAGAAGUCGCCUAAGAAAUUUCUUCGUAAAACGCAUACUGAAUUGGUAUGAUGUAUCGGAAAGAAUCAUGUUGGAUGAAAUGAUAAACUGAAAAAUAAAGUUGUGUACAUAUGUAUACAUAGGUAUAGAUAGAUGCAUAUAUCUACCUUGGCAUUUCUUUUCUUCUUCUUAUAGAUCAAUAAGAAAGAUGGAUAUUUUUCUAAAAUUAUAGAAAGUUAUUCUGAGAAAGUUGAACUAAAUGAUGGAAGUAAGAAGUGCCUAAAAUUUUAAUACACUUAGGUGACGUUAUCAGAAAUCACAUCUCCUUCAACACUUCCAGAUCUAUUCCUGUCACUGCACACGUAGAAAGCAUCAGUUUGUUAUAGAACACAGCGGAAAAUCCACAGGGCUUCUUCAAGCUUGGGACCUCGGUCUGCCUGGCCUCCCAGGGCUGAGAGGAUUGCUGUAUUAGCUCAGUAGUUGGGCAACUCUGGUCUAGUCACCCUGAAGGUAAAUGUUUUGUUUUAUUGUUGUUAUUUAGUCACUAAGUUAUGUCUGACUCUUAGCAACCCGAUGGAUUUUAGCCCACCAAGUUCCUCUGUCCGUGGAUUUCCCAGGCAGGAAUACUGCAGUGGGUUGCCAUUUUCUUCUCCAGCAGAUCUUCUCAACCCAGGGCUCAAACCCAUGUCUUUUGCGUCUCUUGCAUUGGCAGGUGAAUUCUUUACUGAUGAGACGCUCGGGAAGUAAAUAUGUGUGCUUAGUUGCUCAGCCAUAUCCAACUCUUUGCAACAGGAGCCUGCCAGGCUCCUCUGUCCAUGGGGAUUCUCCAGGGAAGAAUGUUGGAGUGGGUUGUCAUGCCCUCCUCCAGGGGAUCUUCCCAACCCAGGGAUUGAACCCAGGUCUCCUGCAUUGUAGGUGGAGUCUUUGCUCUCUGAGCCACCAGGGAAAUCCUAAGGUAAAUAUAGUCCCUCUAUAAAAUAAGGGAUAAUUGUUUUUUUAAAAAGUUAGCAAAUAUGUUGUUUAUACCAAAGGAUAUAUGUAACAUAUACAUACAAUGCAAAGUAAGCAUUUGUAAACCUACUUCAAUAAUUAGGUUAAGAAAAGGAACAUUACCAACAUCUUUGGGUCCCACAUGUACUUCUGACCACAUGCCUUCCCCUUCUUUCAGAGAUACUCACUUUCUUGAAUUUUAUGCUUUUACCAUACAUUGCUUUUCCCAGACAUGUGUUUGACUUUGUGUAUUUUUAGAAUUUUUGAAAAUAAAAUUGUACCCCAUGUA